GAGAGAGAGAGAGAGAGAGAGAGAGAGAGAGGAAUAAAUUAUCAUUAUUAAUAUUAUAAUGAUGAUGAAGGAUUCCGAUUGGUGAUGUUGUUGGUGGUGGGAGUAGCUUGCAGAUAUAGAGAGAGUAAAGCAGUUGGGGGGUUCAGUUGGUGAUGGUGGUGGAGGUAUCAUCGCAAUCGCGCGUGUUGAAGAGUGUGACAGUUAUAGUUGCGGUGCUAUCGAUGAUAUUGUGGAACUCAGGUGGUAAUGGUUGGGGUGGAUUUGCUUCAGUCGUCGAAGGUGGGAGUAUCAUCAGCAGCGGAGGCGGCGGAAGCAGAGCAGGAGGCAUCAGUCGCGGUGGUGGUGGCGGAGGCUUCUUGGGGGUGGCGGCGACUUCGAAUGUCGGAUUAGCGAUCGCAGUGACGGCCAUGGCUGGCCUCGCCUUGGCCGCCACCAUCGUCUACUCCCGUAGAGCCCUCCGCCGCACCCAUACUACGUCAUCGUCGUCCAACUCCAACAACACCUCCUCCUCCUCACCUUCAACGCCGUCGUCGUCGUCGUCGUCGUGGGUUCAUUUACGCUCGGUUCUUUUCGUUGUUACUUCCUCCUCUCCAGUUCCCUCCGAUCGGGGCAGUCUUAAAUCACCAUGGUCCCGUAGGAGAAGAAAACAUGCCCUUUCACCUCGACUGUGGAAAAGCCUAUUUACACCAGAUGGGAAACUACGUAAUGGUGGAGUGAAGCUUUUAAAAAAAGUUCGCAGCGGAGGUGUUGAUCCAAGCAUCAGGGCGGAGGUUUGGCCAUUUCUCCUAGGAGUCUACGACUUGGACAGUUCGAAGGAAGAAAGAGAUUCCAUAAGAGCUCAAAAAAGAAAGGAGUAUGAGAACCUUCGGAGACGGUGCAGGCGACUGCAAAAGCUCUGUGAAGGUGAAAACUGUAGGUUAAAAGAAACUGAGGGAACCAGCAGCAAUGGGAACAGUGGGAGUAUGGUCCAAGACCUGGACUCUCCUCGUUCAGAAGACGUUGUCAGUGCCAGGGAUUCCCUUUCCUCCGAGGAAGGAAGCCCAGAGGAUGAGGACUCAGACCACCCUGUUCAUGAUGGAGCCCUUCAAGUCUGCGGCUCAUUGGUGGAAGGAGAUCCCUGUAAAAGUGGAGUCACACAAGCAGACGCCUCUGUAGUCAACACAGAGUCAUCUGAUUCGGACUCCUCUGUUGAGGAACUCGAAGGCAUACAGAAUUGUGAAGAGAUCGAUCCUGACAAUCCCUCCAAGGGGGAUUCUUCCCCUUCCAGGACAGGUUCGUCCAAAGCCUAUACAGCUGAAGAUUUUGCCACUUGGCAAAGGAUCAUCCGCCUGGAUGCAGUGCGUGCAAAUGAAGAUUGGGCUGUGUACUCCCCAACCCAGGCUGCAGUGUCGGAAGGGAGGGCACAGCGUUCAGCUGAGGUUGUUGGACUGAAGGAUUAUGACCACUUGGAGCCCUGCAGAAUUUUCCAUGCAGCCCGCUUGGUUGCCAUCCUUGAAGCCUAUGCACUCUAUGAUUCAGAGAUUGGGUACUGCCAGGGAAUGAGUGAUCUACUUUCUCCAAUAAUUGCAGUGAUAGAGGAGGAUCAUGAGGCCUUUUGGUGCUUUGUGGGGUUCAUGAGAAAAGCUCGCCACAAUUUCAGGCUUGAUGAGGUAGGAAUCAGGAGGCAGCUGAGCAUUGUAUCUAAGAUCAUCAAGUGCAAAGACUCCCAUCUCUACAGGCACCUGGAGAAGCUUCAGGCUGAGGACUGCUUCUUUGUGUACAGGAUGGUGGUGGUUCUCUUUAGAAGGGAGCUAACUUUCGAGCAAACCAUAUGCCUGUGGGAGGUGAUGUGGGCAGAUCAAGCAGCAAUAAGGGCUGGGAUUGCCAAGUCUGCGUGGGGGAGGAUAAGGCAGCGUGCCCCACCGACUGAUGAUCUGCUACUAUAUGCGAUUGCAGCCUGUGUACUGCAGAGGAGGAAACUGAUUAUAGAGAAGUAUAGCAGCAUGGAUGAGAUUUUAAGGGAGUGCAAUAAUAUGGCUGGGCAAUUGGAUGUAUGGAAGCUAUUAGAUGAUGCACACGAUUUGGUGGUAACCCUCCAUGACAAAGUAUGAGAACCCUUCUGAAACGCCUCUUCUUUUUCUCCUAUUUGCUAAUUCUUUUAAAGGUUUUUCCCCCCUUUUUC